AUGAAUGAAUAUUGGAAGAGAAGUGGUCAAAUACCAGCUUUUGGAAACUGGGAUAUUGCGAACGAGUUGCCAAUAACUCAGUACUUCGAGAAUGCAAGACAAGCUGGUUUGAUUCGUUACAGUUCUUCCUCCUGUGAAACUGAUCUUUAUGCGGUUGAUCAUAAGAAACCAGUUAGAAAGGCGAAGAGAAUAAGGGAUAGAAGAUAUACGAUUGGUAUGGUUAAUGACACAGAAACAACAAUGAAAAAACAGGUGAAAGUGUACGAUGUUAAGGAACAUACCAGGAAACAGACAAUGAACAAGAAGAAGGUAAUACAUGUAGACGACGUUGUUCAUCCAAAACCAGUUGAUGAAGAUCUCUACAAGAUUUCUCCUCAACUUCUUCGCAAAACCAAACGGUUGCUUGUGCAGAAGAAAAUGUUGGGUUUCAUUUCCUGUCUGGUGCCUGCUGCAUGUGUUUCAUGA